AUGCCGUACGCCCCUGACCGCCACCACAAUCUUUGCCAUGGAGUCCAAUCCGACACCCCUCUACUUCAAUCCAAAACUAUAAUUCCUCUGAGACAGAUCCCGACGCUCCUUCAUGCGUCGGUAACCCCGUCAUACGCCGAAUCCUCUUUGAGGCUCGGUCUCAUUGUGCCCUUGACCUUGGUAUCACACCCUUUACGGCGUUCAAGCCAACACCAUGUCCACCAUUUACCCCCCGCCAUUAUUGCGCCAACUCCUACUGUCCCUCCGCUCUCGUCGUCGCUUCUUCGCGACACCCUUGUCGGCAUCUCUAGGAUACAAGACGCAUCACCAACUGACAAGGACACUUCCACUCCUAUCAGCGACACCGAGACCAUCACGCAGUCUUCCCUCUGUACCGUUCCACAGGGCCGCUAUGCGCCUCCAUCGAAGUCAGCCCAAACGCGCUACGGGAAUAUCAGCGAACCCACUCUUGACUGUGUUGAUUUCAGUUGUGGGCCGGAGAAGGACGGGUGCAGUAUGACAGUCGCCCAAAUUCUUGAAGGCCUGUCGGAUGCUUACCUUGAGGGUGCGAACGAAACCGUCCUAGAACGUCACGGUACAAACAUCAAGCUGCAUAUCUUGUGGCCGGGCUAUGCACCAUGGGGCGCCUUAGUUCGCACUAAAAGUUGGAAAGAUUCUUCGGUUCCUAUCACUCGAGGAGAACUAGCUUUACGUCUCGCGCGAGCUCUUGAGAGGUUUACAGUUAGCGCCAAACGGGAUGUCAGCGCGGCAUCUUCGACAAUAUCAGUCCCAAGUAGUAUUGCGCUGGGAAGUCUCUACCUGCUGAGCUUCUACCGAGUUACGCAGGGAGCUUGGCAGGUUGAGCUUGCGACUGUAGCACCCGGGAGGAAUGAGUAG